AUGGAUUCAGCUCCGGCAAAGCGACGGAAACUCAACCACAAGAAAGAUGCUACCGAUGUCGCCCUGGAAUCGGCCGCUUCGACAGGCGUCUCCAGGUCGAGGGCCUUCGUGUUGGAGACCGAGGAGUUGUUAGACUCGGUGCGCCUGGACUACGGAGCUGCUCUUGAGGGCGCCGACGACCUUCUGCAUCGGAUCAAAGGAGUCGUUGAGGGAAUCAAGGCCCAUGAACCCCUUCCGGUUGCCGAGGCCGCAUUCAAGCUCGAGAAAAAACACAAAAUCAAGGUCCCAUUUCCCGAUCCGCGGCCCCAGGAGAACACCAAUUACAAGGUUGCCUUCGCCAAGCCUGCCCAGUUCAACGUCGUGGGCAGCUAUGUCUCCAAGACAAUGAUCACUACGCAGAAGAGCCACGGCGUCGACAUGGUCCUAGUCCUGCCCCAGGAAAUUCUGCAGGAGAAGGACUACCUGGCUCUGCGCUAUUUCUACAAGAGAGCGUAUUAUCUGGCCGUAAUUGCCGCUGCGCUCCAAAAAGAGCUGGGGAGCGAGGCUCAGCUGUCGUACGAGCAACUUAACGGAAACCACUUGUGUCCAGUCCUUGCCAUCCAGCCUACCGCGUCAAAUUCCAGGGAUUUGGACAAAAAGACCCUGGACUACAGGAUACGAAUCAUCCCCUGUGCGCCUGAUGGGUUCUUUCCCAAGGCAAAGCUUCACCUUGGAGCUUCGCUGAUUCGCAAGGGCCGCGAAGGAGUCGCGAACGCCUCGACUGAACCCACGCCGUUCUACACUUCGACUCUAGUCGCCGAGACUUGCUUCCUCUCAUACCUCAAGGUUUUGAAGCAGGCAGAGAAGAAAUGUGCGGCGUUCAAGAAUGCCUGUAUUUUGGGCCGCAUCUGGUUGCAGCAGAGAGGUUUCGGGGGGGACAUUUCGCAGGGCGGGUUUGGCCAUUUUGAGUGGGCGGUGCUGCUUGCUCUCCUUCUGCAGGGAGGCGAGAGCAAAGGGCAGGCCGCCCUGUCUGCCUCGCUGAGCAGUACUCAGCUCUUCAAAGCCCUUAUACAAUUUCUUUCGGUGACCAACUUUGCAGAGAAGCCUUGCGACUUCGGUUCGGGAAACGCGGAUCUGGAAGCUCUUCUUGAACACGGUCCAAUCCUUUACGAUUCCACCCGGCAACUGAACAUUGCUUUCAAGAUGGGCCCGUGGUCCGCCGCUCUGCUUCACCAACAUGCGAGAUGGACGCGCAGUCUACUCGCUGACAGCACGGCUGACCAAUUCAACCCAAUCUUCAUUCUCAAAACCGACGUGCCUUCACACAGCUAUGACUUGAUUGCGCGUAUAAAUCUUGACAAGGCAUCGGAAGAGACGGGCGCUGAUGCCCGGGGCCAGACAUGGCAGCUCAGCACCAAAGUAUACCGGAUCUUGAAAAGAGCGCUUGCAGACAAAGAAAUGGGGCAGAGGGCUCGCUUAAUCCACAUCCAAGCCCAAGCUCGCCCAACAUGGCCGCUCACGGAGGAGCCCAAGGCACCGGAAACUUCACCGUUGGAAAUCGGCAUCCUCUUUGAUCCUGUCAACAUGGCGCGGACCGUCGACCGUGGGCCAUCCGCGGGGCCAAGCGCGCAAGAGAAGGAGGAGUGCGAAAGGUUUCGCCGGUUCUGGAGCGACAAGUCCGAGCUCAGGCGUUUCGAGCGAGACACCAUCCGGGAGACCUUGAUCUGGACCUCAACGACGCCUUUUGAUCUCUGCGAAGAGAUUAUGCGCUACGUCCUCGGUCUGCACCUGCGAAUUGGACAACUCCACGAUGAGAUCACUGUUUAUGGCAAUGGCCUGCCUGCUCUACUGUCUCUCAAGCCAGCCGACACAGCCCUGUUCAAUGUGGCGAAGAAGGCGUUCGGCACUCUCGAGCGCGAUAUCCGGGAUCUGGAAGAUCUGCCCCUCCGUGCAUCGGGUAAAUGGCCCGAGAGUCUGGUCGCCAUCCAGCGGACAAAGAUUGCCUUUCUCUUGAUGAUUGGUAGGCUGUUAGAGAGCAGCAAGCCUACCGAGAUCAAGACGCACGUUGGACUCGAAGACGCCAAGUACGAAACUGAGAACCUUGCCUUCCUUGACGUGCUUUACGAGUCCGGACCUUCGUUCCGCCUUCGGAUACACAGCGACCUCGAGGAGUCACUCCUGGAGCGGCAGGUCAAAGACAAGACCGCAGAGCAAUAUCUCCGACAGCGCGCCACGACUCUGCUCGCGACGUUUAGGCGGCUCUACACCAAUCUUCCCCUGCACGGCCAAUACAUCUCCACCUCGGGAACCCGCUUUCCAGCUUUGUCCCCUACAAUUCGUUUGGUUAAGCACUGGUUCAACGCCCACAAGCUGUCUUAUCACUUCACCGAAGAGUUUAUCGAAUUAGCCGUCCUCCACGUAUUCCUCACGCCCUAUCCCUGGGAUGCCCCCACGAGCGCCAGCACAGGCUUCCACCGGACCCUGCUCUUCCUAGCCCACUGGGACUGGCGCUCGGAGCCGCUCGUCCUCGACACGAGCGGUGAGAUGUCCGCCGCAGAGCGGUCAUCGAUCGCGACGCGCUUGGAAGCCUGGCGCAAGAUCGACCCCAACAUGAACCAUACCGUGCUCUUCGUCGCCACGGCCCAAGAGCCGAGCGGAGUCGCGUGGACGACCCUCGACGGCCAGCCGAAACCUUCCAAGGUCGUCGCAACCCGGAUGACGGCGCUGGCCAGGACCGCCACCCGACUCGUCAGGGUGCAGGGGGUCGAGCUCGACUGCAGGAUGCUGUUUGUGCCGUCGCUGAAGGACUACGACGUCCUCAUCCACCUGAACAGCAAGGCCGUCAAGAGCACGCUGAAGACGUAUGCCACGAUUGAUCCGCAAGAGGAAGGGGAGAGUCUCGGCCGGCCGACCAAGUUCAAGAAUCUCGAUGAGCGUACGGGAUUGGAGCCGCUGCCGCUCGCGCAGCACCCUGCGGAGCUGUUCUUGGAGCAUCUGAGCGCGGCGUACGGCGGGCCACUCGUCUUCUUCCGUGGUGGAGUUGAAGACAGCACUAUCGGUGCUAUCUGGAAUCCUCAGAUGCAGAAACGGACUUUCAAGAUUAACCUGCCAACCUCGUAUAAGCCUGUUGCUGGGGAAAAGCGGAGCAGUGGUGGCGAGGAUGGUGACGGAGAGGAAGAUUAUGUGGAGGUCAAUAAGGAGGCGAUACUGUCCGAGAUUGCGAGGAUAGGGGCGGAUUUGAUUGACAAGAUCGAGGUGAAAGGUGCUUAA